UCGGUGAGGCAGACUGACAGAGAGAAGAGGAAGCAGGCUCUCUGCUGAGUCGAGAGCCCAAUGCAGGGCUUGAUCCCAAGACCCUGCUUUCAUGACCUGAGCCAAAGGGUAGAAGCUUUAACCCACUGAGCCACCCAGCUGCCCUGCUAAGAAGCAUUUUCAAAGUUACUUCUGAUUUCUCCUCCUCCUUGUACUGUUAUCUGUUCCCCUAGGGGUUAAAAUAAUUUACAAAGCAAGGUUACUUCUUUCUUUUAAAUUUUAUUUAUUUAUUUACAUAAGUAAUCUUUACACCAAACAUGGGGCCUGAACUUACAACCCUGAACUCAAGAGCUGUGUGCUCUUCUGACUAAGUCAGCCAGGCACCCCAUAAGGUAAAUUUAUUUUUUGUCAGGUCGUCAUUUCAGGACUGGUAACUCUUUUCUCCUGCAGCUCUGUAGAAAGAAUUUUAUUUUUGUCAGCUAAGAGUAGCCUCAUAUCUAUCAACAGUUCAGUUUUACUUAAUUAACAUCAUUGGAACAAUUGGUACCUCUAAGGAGCUUCUCAGGACAGUGUAUGCUCAAAGGCCCGCCUUUUUUCAGUUACUCUAGAAUUGGGUAGGAUGGCUGUUUGAAUUGCACAAUGAAAGAAGCAGUCAACACCCACUUUCUUAUGGAUCCAUGGGCAGUAGAAUCUGCAAAUUCCUGCCUUCUAUGCAAAACGAGUUGCAUCUAUAGCUGAUCCGUUGCUGCUAGGGUUCUUACCUCCCCUCUAAAGGCACAUUUUGAGCAUAAAGCAUCAGCCAAGGCAAAUGAUUUUCCUUUUUCUUCUCAGAACACUGGAAGUGAGAAUAUUUGUAUUCCAACAAUGGUUUUACUAUUAUAUAGUCAAGGACAGGGCAAUUCUCUCUCAUUUUUAAAAUUAUUAAAAUGAAGGUAAUGGACUAAAUCAUCUCUAAGAGUCCCUCCAAUCAAAAACUUUAUUAAAUUACCUCUCUGUAUUCUAAAGAAAAUUUUGACUCUCUGAGUUUUACAUGGUGGUGUGUAGAACACAGUUGGUGUUCAGUAUUAUUGAGUUAAUUUAUUACACUGAUGUAAACUGUUUCUAUAUAACAUUUUUCUUAUAUAUAUAUAUAUGUAUAUAUAUACAUACCUUUUCAAAAUAAAUCACACUUUUUUUACCUGUAAACACUGAUUUCACUGGGUUCUAUGAAGUCUGAGGCAGUACCCGACAUCAUUUCAAAGUUGAAAUGCAAAACAAAAAAAACUUUAAAAAUUAGCUCGAAUUAGUAAGCACCCAUCAUGAACAUUGUUGCAUUAAUUCAUCUUCUUGAAAUAUAUUUUUAAAUAAUAUCAAAGAUAUAUAGAUCAAAGAAAUAUAAAUGGAAGGAUUUUGAAGGAUAGAACAACUUUAUGAAAAAUCAGUUAUUUUGCUUCAAUAUGGUGCAGUAACUUAGUAAGGACUCUGAGCGCCGCUGUUCACCAACCAGGGGGGAAAUGGUGCGAGAGAUCUGCCAGAACCACUGAGCUUUAUAAUACAAAGAAACACCAGAUUGAGACAAACUCUCUUCCAAGCUUCAUCAAACUCAGGUCUCUUAUAUUAGAUACUGCGCUUCUUUUACGAAUACAAAAGAUUCCACGCUGACACACUGGAAUCCAGAAGCACAACAGGAGAUAGCCCAGCGUCUAAACAAUAUUCGCACAACAAUGGCGGCUCCGCAGAGGGGUGGGGAAUACAGAAGAUUCAUCCUGCUCUCCAUCCUCCUGGGAACCCAGAAGGAAGCUUGGGCAGGACAUAUUCUCUACUCUGUGCCAGAGGAGACAGACAAAGGAUCUUUUGUGGGUAAUAUCGCUAAGGAUUUGGGUCUGGAGCCCGGAGAACUGGAGGAGCGUGGAGUCCGCAUCGUCUCCAGAGGUAGGACGCAGCUUUUCACUCUGAAUCCGCGAAGUGGCAGCUUGGUCACCGCGGACAGGAUAGACCGGGAGGAGCUCUGCGCUCAGAGCGCGCGGUGCCUAGUGAACUUUAACAUCCUGAUGGAUAAAAUGAAUCUUCACCCAGUAGAAGUGGAAAUAAUAGAUGUUAAUGACAACGCUCCCAGAUUCUUGACGGAAGAAAUGACUGUGAAAAUAACGGAGAACACAGCUCCUGGGGUGCGGUUUCCGUUAAAUGAGGCUCGGGAUCCAGAUGUGGGCACGAACUCUCUCCAGAGCUACCAGCUCAACCCUAAUCAUCACUUCUCCCUGGUAGUGCAGACUGGAGACGAUGGGGGUAAAUAUCCAGAAUUAGUGCUGGAAAGGGUGCUGGAUCGAGAGGAAGAGGCAGUUCACCACCUACUCCUUACAGCCUCUGACGGUGGCGACCCACCCCGAUCCCAGACCGCCCACAUCCAAGUAACAGUGGUAGAUGUGAACGAUCACGCUCCAGUCUUCUCUUUGCCUCAGUACCAAGCAACUGUCCCUGAGAAUGUGCCGGUGGGUACGAGAUUGCUAAUGGUGCAUGCCGUUGACCUGGAUGAGGGAGUCAAUGGGGAAGUGACAUAUUCUUUCCGGAAAAUAACUCAGAAGAUUCUGCAGAUAUUCCAGCUGAACCCUCAUACAGGAGAAUUAUCAACUUUAGAAAGCCUAGAUUAUGAAGAGUCCAGCUACUAUGAAAUGGAAGUUCAGGCUCAGGACGGUCCUGGUAGUAUAACAAGGGCUAAAGUAAUGAUCACAAUUUUAGAUGUGAAUGACAAUGCCCCAGAAGUGACUGUAACAUCUGUAAGCAACUCAGUCCCUGAAGACACUCCUCCUGGAACUGUAGUUGCUCUUUUCUACCUUCAAGAUAGAGAUUCUGGCAAGAAUGGUGAGGUAACCUGCACUAUUUCAGAAAAUCUGCCUUUUAAAUUAGAAAGAUCAAUAGACAAUUACUAUAGGUUAAUGACAGCAAAAAACCUGGACCGGGAAAAAUGCUCUGUGUAUAACAUCACACUGAUAGCCACAGAUGGUGGAACCCCACCCUUGUCCUCAGAAACUCACAUCUCCAUGAACGUGGCAGAUACCAACGACAAUCCGCCUGCCUUCCCUCAGUCCUCCUAUUCUGUCUACAUCCCUGAAAACAACCCCAGAGGUGCCUCCAUCUUCUCUGUGACUGCAUCCGACCCGGACAGCCAGGAGAAUGCUCGAGUCACUUACUCCCUGUCUGAAGACACUCUCCAGGGGGCUUCCCUCUCCUCCUAUGUGUCCAUCAACUCUGACACAGGCAUCCUGUAUGCCUUGCACUCCUUCGACUAUGAGCAGUUCCGUGACCUGCAGUUGAGCGUGACUGCGCAGGACAGCGGAGACCCACCACUCAGCAGCAAUGUGUCCUUGAGUAUAUUCAUUGUGGACCAGAAUGACAACAUACCAGAGAUCCUGUACCCCACCCUCCCCACUGACGGUUCCACAGGCGUGGAGCUGGCUCCUCGCUCCGCAGAGCCUGGCUACCUGGUCACCAAGGUGGUGGCGGUGGACAGAGACUCUGGCCAGAACGCCUGGCUGGCCUACCGCCUGCUCAAGGCCAGCGAGCCAGGGCUCUUCGCGGUGGGGCUGCACACGGGCGAGGUGCGCACAGCGCGGGCCCUGCUGGACAGAGACGCGCUCAAGCAGAGCCUGGUGGUGGCGGUGCAGGAUCACGGGCAGCCCCCUCUGUCGGCCACCGUCACGCUCACCGUGGCCGUGGCCGACAGCAUCCCCGACGUCCUGGCGGACCUGGGCAGCAUCGGGACCCCCGCCGACCCAGACGAUGCGGACCUCACGCUCUAUCUGGUGGUGGCGGUGGCGGCCGUCUCCUGCGUCUUCCUCGCCUUCGUCAUCGUGCUGCUGGCGCUCAGGCUGAGGCGCUGGCACGCGUCGCGUGUGCUCCAGGCUUCAGGAGGCGGGCUGGUGGGCGUGCCGGCCUCGCACUUCGUGGGCGUGGACGGGGUGCGGGCUUUCCUGCAGACCUAUUCGCACGAGGUGUCCCUCACUGCGGACUCGCGCAAGAGUCACGUGAUCUUCCCCCAGCCCAACUAUGCGGAUAUGCUCCUCAGUUUGGAGAGCUGUGAGAAAAAAGAUCCCUUAUUAACCUCCACAGAUUUUCGUGAAUGUAAGGAUGAAGCCGAAAAUAUUCAGCUGGUUAAACUGAAGCAGCAGAGGCUGCAGUGUCCUAGUGCGGACUGUGGGCGCCGCUGUUGGCCAAAAUGGAGAGCUUGGGCACUGGCGAUCUCUUCGCGCAGCCGCAGCGCACUUUCCCUAGCCGACUCGUUAGCCCGAGCCUUUACACCACUUCCUCCUGUAGAAAAGAAGAAACCCUGACCCUCACACAGGACUUACAGGCCGUUCGGAGCUCUGGACAUCUGCAGCGCAGAGAUUAUUUGUGAUCCGGCGUCUCCAGGCCGGUGAGCAACCUGAAGGGAGCAAGAGGGAUGGGGAGCGGCGCUGCGGAGAGGGGCUGGGCUG